GAAUGAUGAGAUAAACUGAACAGGACAAACUGGUUCAGAACAGAGUGAGAGAGACUCUGAGCAGGUCAUCAUUUUAUGGAGUGAGAAGAAUAAAUCUAAUUAAGAGGAAACACAUGGCUUCUGAAGCAGAAGACAUGAGCUCAAAAACGAGUCUCCCUUGGAUAAAACAUGAAGACGAAGAAAAGAGUCUGAGUCUGACAGAGACACCAGACUCACCUGACCCCAGCUGUGUGUCCAUGAAGAGUGACAGGUCAAUGGAACAUCCAAUGAACUUGAGGAAGGGAGACAGUUGUCCUGUUGUGAGUCUGAGUCAGACAGAGACACCAGACUCACCUGAGCCCAGCUGUGUGUCCAUGAAGAGUGACGAGUCAAUGGAACAUCCAGUAAACUUGAGGAAGGGAGACAGUUGCCCUGUUGUGAGUGUCCAACAGGAGAAAUCAAAAAUAACCAGCAUUAAUCAUUUGGACGGAAUAUUCAAGGAUCUGGAGCACAAACUAAUUUCUCUCGUGAAGAAAGAGCUGAAGAGGUUCAAGAAGCUGCUGAGUGCAGAUUACCCAGCAUGCUCUGAGAGGGUGGAGGAUGACGAAGAUCAGAGCAGUUCCAGAGAGGUGCUGAAGAUCACAUUGAACAUGCUGAGGAACAUGAAGCAGAAAGACCUCGCUAACACACUACAGAGCAAGCUCAUCGCUGCAUAUCAGAAAAAACUUAAAUCCAAACUUAUGGAGAAAUGUAAAAGGAUUAAUGAAGGAAUCUCUCAGCAUGGAAGAUCAACCCUUCUGAGUGAGAUCUACACAGAGCUCUACAUCACAGAAGGACUGAGUGGAGAGGUCAAUAAAGAACAUGAAGUCAGACAGAUUGAGACAGCAUCCAGGAGACCAGCAACAGAGGAGAAACCCAUCAAAUGCAAUGAUCUCUUUAAAGACAGACCCAUCAGAACUGUGCUGACUAAAGGAGUUGCUGGAAUUGGAAAAACAGUCUCUGUGCAGAAGUUCAUUCUGGACUGGGCUGAAGGAAAAGCAAAUCAGGACGUCCUCUUCAUAUUUCCACUUCCUUUUAGGGAACUGAAUAUGAUGAAGGAGAAAAACUUCAGUCUGAUGGAGCUUCUUCAUUACUUUUUCCCAGAAAUAAAAGAGUUAAGAUCAAUAGAAUGUGAUGCCCACAGAGUCAUGUUCAUCUUUGAUGGUCUGGAUGAGUGUCGACUUCCUCUAGAUUUCCAGAACAAUGAGAGCUUGUGGGAUGUAACAGAUUCGGUCUCAGUGGAUGUGCUGCUGACAAACCUCAUCAAGAGAAAUCUGCUUCCCUCUGCUCUCCUCUGGAUAACCUCUCGACCAGCAGCAGCCAAUCAGAUCCUUCCUGAGUCUGUUGACCUGGUAACAGAGAUACGAGGGUUCAGUGACUCUCAGAAAGAGGAAUACUUCAGGAAGAGACUCAGUGACCAGAGCCUGGCCAAUAAAAUCAUCUCACACAUGAAGUCCUCAAGAAGCCUCUACAUCAUGUGCCACAUCCCAGUCUUCUGUUGGAUUGCAGCCACUGUUCUAGAGAGGAUGUUGGGUGAAGCAGAGAGUGGAGAGAUCCCCAAGAGUCUGACUCAAAUGUUCACCCACUUCCUGAUCUUUCAGAUCAAACACAAGGACCAAAAGUACCAUGGGAAAUGUGACACUGAUCCUCAGCAGACUAGAAAGAUGAUUCUGGCACUGGGAAAACUGGCUUUCCAACAGCUGGAAAAAGGCAAUCUGAUCUUCUAUGAGGAAGACCUGAGAGAGUGUGGUAUUGAUGUCAGAGAAGUGUCAGUGUACUCAGGAGUUUGUACCCAGAUCUUCAGAGAGGAGUUUGGGCUGCACCUGGGGAAGGUGUUCUGCUUUGUGCACCUGAGUGUUCAGGAGUUUCUGGCUGCUUUAUACUCAUUUCUCUCCUUCAUCAGCAGAGAUGGAACCAAACAGCUGACCACUGAUCUGUCCGACAUUUUCAUGGAGUCCAAAAUGUCAGACUUCCUCAAAUCUGCAGUGGACAAGGCCUUACAGAGUGAGAAUGGACAUCUGGACCUUUUCCUCCGCUUCCUUCUGGGCCUCUCACUGGAGUCCAAUCAGACUCUCUUACGAGGUCUACUGACACAGACAGGAAGCAGCUCUCACAGCAAAGAGGAAACAGUCCAGUACAUCAAGGAGAAGAUCAGGGAGAAUCCGACUCCAGAGAAAUCCAUCAAUCUGUUCCACUGUCUAAAUGAACUGAAUGAUCAUUCUCUAGUGCAGGAAGUACAAACAUACCUGAGCAGUGAUUAUUUUUGUCUAAGUGGAGUGAAUCUCUCUCCUGCCCAGUGGUCAGCCCUGGUGUUUGUGUUGCUGAACUCAGAAGAGGAGCUGGAUGAGUUUGACCUGAAUAAAUAUGAUCCAUCAGAUGAAUGUGUUCUAAAUCUGCUGCCAGUGAUUAAAGCAUCCAGAAGAGCUCUGCUGUAUAACUGUAAUCUCACAGAGAAAAGCUGUGCAGCUCUGGCCUCAGUUCUCAGCUCAAACUCCUCCAGUCUGAGAGAACUGUACCUGAGUUACAAUCACCUGCAGAAUUCAGGUGUGGAGCUGCUCUCUGCUGGACUGAAGAAUCCACACUGUAAACUGGAGAAAAUGGAGCUGUGUUACUGUAAUCUCACAGAGAAAAGCUGUGCAGCGCUGUCUUCAGCUCUCAGCUCAAACUCCUCCAGUCUCAGAGAACUGAACCUCCGUGGCAAUAACCUGCAGGAUUCAGGAGUGGAGCUGCUCUCUGCUGGACUGGAGAAUUCACACUGUAAACUGGAGAUAUUGAGGCUGUCUAACUGCUGUAUUACAAGUGAAGGGUGUGCUGCUGUGGCUUUAGCUCUAAAAUCAAACCCUUCAUCUCACCUGAGAGAGCUGAACAUAAAUGACAAUAAACCAGGAGAGUCAGGAGUGAAGGAGCUCUCUGAUCUACUGGAGGAUCCACACUGUAAACUGGAGAAACUAUACAUGAGACCACCAUCCAGCUGAUCUGCUCUCACACACAAAGGGUUAUGAGGAGAGGAUGAAGUCUUAGUACAAACACACACACACACUUAGUAUAUGGUUCUACAUGGUUCCAUGUGUGUGUUUGAGUUCUUAUUGGUCAGUCUGUGAAUACGGCUGCAGCAGAGGACUAUGUGAUCUCCUCAUGACAUCACUUCCUGUACCCCAGUGACUGCACAUUCAGUGACCAAUCCAUCAAACUCCUCAUGCUGGUGGAUGCCCCCACAUUAGUGAAGAGGUGUGUACAGGAGGGAAGAGCACCAGGAGCCAUGGCAACAACUUGAGCUCAACAUUUCUCAGUAUUUUUCAGCUUAAAAUCAACAAACAUCUGAUAGAGUUUUAUAAACAUUAACAACAUGAGCUCAAUGCUCUAAACCAGUGGAAACGCUGAUAGAGUUUAUAAACACUAACGACAUGAGCUCAACGCUCUAAACCAGUGGAAACGCCGAUAGAGUUUAUAAAUAUUAACAACAUGAGUUCAACGCUCUAAACCAGCAGAAACGCUGAUAGAGUUUAUAAACACUAACAACAUGAGCUCAACACUCUAAACCAGCGGAAACGCCGAUAGAGUUUAUAAACACUACCAACAUGAGCUCAACACUCUAAACCAGCGAAAACACUGAUAGAGUUUAUAAACACUAACGACAUGAGCUCAACACGCUAAACCAGCGGAAACGCCGAUAGAGUUUAUAAACACUAACAUGAGCUCAACACUCUAAACCAGCGGAAACACUGAUAGAGUUUAUAAACACUAACGACAUGAGCUCAACACGCUAAACCAGCGGAAACGCCGAUAGAGUUUAUAAACACUAACAUGAGCUCAACACUCUAAACCAGCGAAAACACUGAUAGAGUUUAUAAACACUAACGACAUGAGCUCAACACGCUAAACCAGCGGAAACGCCGAUAGAGUUUAUAAACACUAACAUGAGCUCAACGCUCUAAAUCAGAACAUUCAUCAGCACAGAAAGCCUCUUGAAAAACAUCUGAAUGAUUUGAAACUCUGCUGCAUUUCUGUUCUCGAGUAGCCAACAUUAUAAAGUUGUCUGGGGUUUUACUUUUAGAAUGUUUCAUUCAGUGCACACCAUGGCUGGACAUCAUCAGCAGUCCGCCACCACUGUGACCAUCUAUAAGUGUGAAAACACCAACUGAGCUUGUUACAGUAAACCUAUGUACCAUGUCCAUUAUUACAUUAAAUGGACCUGAUUUGGAUAAGUGAGGACAACAAAAUUUAAUUCUUAAACAGAAGUAAUGAGGUGUGAGAGGUUCAUGUGUUUGAUGGUGAAUGUCUGUAAAUCUAAAUUAGAAGUAAUGAGGUGUGUGAGGUUAUUUGAUGGUAAAUGUGAAUCAGGUUCCACUGGUGACUGCUGUGUUCUAGUAACAGGUCCAUUCAUGAAUGGUGCUGCAGUAUUAGGUGUGGAGUGGACAGAGUAAGUUCUGUCAUUUCUGUGCUUUAGAGUCCACAGCCCUGUUCCUCAAGUCCACUUCUGGAGGACACACCACUUCAGUGUAGUGUUGUUCUGCUCCAACACACCUCAUUCAUCUCAUAAAGGGCUUGAUACAUGUACAAAUUAAAGUUAACAUGGUACAUUUGAUCAAUAACCCAAUGAUUU